UGUGACCGAGACGUCGGGAAAGGAAAGAAAACAGGAAGCUGUUUAGAGUCGCAAAGCGCAAAGCGGCAGCGUGCUGUGUUUGGAGUGUAUAAGAUAUGGAUUUGUUAACAACAUUUACAUUUGUAAUGGUAUGCUGGGCUGUUACAUUCAUUACCGUUGCUGACUGCUCGGUUUACCCAUCAGAGAUGAGUGGCGAUAGCGCACGAAAGCUGCCAUCAGCAGUCAUCCCUGUAUCGCAGGCGAGCGCUUUGGGAUCCUUCUACUCUCUCAGUCUUUCAUCUACAUUUCCAGAGGACUUGGAAAUGAACGAGUAUUGCAUUGAACUGCUUCGCAUCUACCGUCAGCGUUACGUGACUUACGCGAACUGCCUGGUGACUUAUGCGCGACCUGUCAGAGUCUGUCAGAACUGUUACACUGGCUUCAACAGUCUGGAGGACAUUUAUAAAAACAUAUCAUCUGACCAACCUGGCCCUGGAAAUGUCAGUUGCCAUGACAGCCUGAUGCGUUCUGAUAGGCUGAUGCUGCUCUAUGCCCUCUUCAGCAAAUUAGAUGAGAUAUGGACAUCAGCAGAAUGCAAGCAAUGUCUGACUGAAGAUCAAGAGGCUCUUUCCAAUGAUACUGUUUUCUUCAUGGCCACUCUGAAUCAGUCACUCUCCUGUUUUGAACAAUAUCAGAAGAACCACACUGAACUGUGUAAAGACUGCAAAGCCUCGUACAAAAGGUUGAAAGAGCUCUAUGGUAGAAUGGACAAAAACCAAACACUCUGCAUUGAUUUAGAAGACGCAAUGAAUAUAACACAGCAGCUGUGGAGUAAAAACUUUAGUUGCUUGUUACCUCGGGAGGAGACGGUGCCUGUCAUCGCAGUGUCCAGCUUUAUGCUCUUCCUCCCCAUAAUCUUCUACUUAAGCAGCUUCCUGCACUCGGAACAAAAGAAACGCAAGCUUAUACACCCCAAAAGAGCCAAGUCCAACAACAGCCUAAUGAAUAUCCAAGAUAAAUUCAGCUGAGUGGAGAUGAGGCGAGGAGGGGAAGAGAGGACACUGAAUCUUUGGUUCACCUCUCCCGCUAAAUCAACAGGCACUUUCAGCAUGGAUGGGUAGGGUUCACGUCUUCUCCUGGACCAAAGACUUUAUGAUGCUCUACAGAUGCUGUGAUCAUUUUUUUUUUUGCACUAUUUGUAAUUUGCACUAUUGAUUUAAAAUAGCCAAUUGCAAGUUUUACUUUUUUUUUUUUUUUGCUUAGCUUUAAAAAUAAGAUAAUUCUACUGGUUUUCACAGAGGAUCAGUGAUGAUUUCCAUAAUUACGAUGCAUGUUAGUAUGACAUUAUUGUAUUUAAGGCAUGAAAGACAUAUGAUCCCGACAUUAGACUGGUUAUGCUACAAUUUUACUGCACUGAGACCAUGUUACAUUUGAUAUUUUUCUAGGUAAUAACAAAUGUGCACAUACACA